AUGAUCUUUCCCUAUCGCACCACGUGCCUUCGGGCUUGUCUUGUCGCCCUCCUCAGUCUUGGGUCGGUUAACGCUGCUCCCUCGGCCCAAACGGGCAGACAUGAGAGACUUCCCGCUGUGUGGCCCCCUCCUCAACAUAUUUCAUCGUCCGGCGGAGGGGUCUCACUCAACGGACCUGUCACCAUCGUGACCGGCAAUGUCACGGACCUGGCCACGAUUAACACAAUCAAGGCGGCCGUGCUUUCUGCCGGUGGUCAUGCCAUCGUCUCGUCCCAGUCCACUGGCCAGGGCACGCAGAUCGUCAUUGGCACCGAGGCGGAAAAUAGCGCCGCUGCCGCCAUUGCCAAGGCGCUCACGGGCAAACCUGCGGAUGGCCUCGCCGCCGACGGCUACGUUCUUGCAUCUGGUGAUUAUGAGCACCGGCCGACUAUUGUCCUCAAUGGCGUAGACGGGCGGGGCACCUUCUACGCGUCACAGACUCUUCGCCAACUUGUCGUCGGUCACCAUGUUCCCGGUGUCCAAGUACGUGACUGGCCGCUCAUGUCUAUCCGUGGCUCGAUCGAGGGCUUCUACGGCGUUCCCUGGUCUCAUCAGGCGCGUCUCGACCAGUUGGUUUUCUACGGCAAGCACAAGAUGAACACCUACGUCUACACGCCCAAGGAUGACCCGCUCCUCCGCGCGAAGUGGCGCACUCUUUACAACGGCACAGCCUACACUCAGCUCAAGGAGCUCGUCAAAACCGCUAAUACCAACCACGUCGACUUCACCUUUGCCCUAUCGCCCGGAUUAGAUGUGUGCUAUUCCUCAAAUGCCGACUUCAACGCUACGAUCACCAAGUUCAAUCAGGCUCGCCAGCUUGGUGUGCGCAGCUUCUACAUUGCCUUGGACGACAUCCCUCUUGAGUUCCACUGCGCAGCGGAUCAGAAGAGGUGGAACACCACGGGCAACAGGGACAACUACCACUGGCUGGCCAACUCCCAAGCCUACUACCUGAACCGUAUCCAAAAGGAGUACAUCGAACCGAACGGCCUCAACAACCUUGAAACCGUCCCGACCAACUACGCCGGCAGCGCACCAGACCCUUACAAGGAAGAGUUCGGCACGAGGCUGGACAAGAACAUCCGCGUCCAGUGGACCGGCGAAGGAGUCUUCAGUGACCAGAUCAAUGCCACAAGCGUCCAACAGGCCGAUUCGACUUACGUUACGGACAACUUGUUCUUGUGGGACAACUUCCCCGUCAACGACGGCAAUCGUGACCGCUUGUUCCUCAACCCACUCACCGGCCGUGCCGCAGACCUGUACAAAUAUCUCCUGGGCUUCACCUCGAACCCGAUGGAGGAGGCGUACGCCUCCAUGCCCGCGCUCGCUAACUAUGGCGACUACACCUGGAACGGGCCAGCGUACAACGCCGACGAGUCGAUGGCUGCAAUCCUAUGGGAACUCUCGGGUAGUGACCCUGUCGUCCACGACGCUGUCCUCGCGUUUUCCGACCUCAACCAAAACUGGCCAUACCGCACCCCCGCGGUCAGCUCGCCCGAGCUUAACAAAGACAUUGCAGCUUUCUGGGCCGCUCGCAAGCAUUCCCCCGGACACGGCCACGGCAACACUUUGGCGCUGCACAACCGCCUCGCGCUCCUCACUACGCUCCCAGACGUCCUUCCCCGCAUGGCGAUGAAGAGUUUCGCCUCGGACGUAGCGCCCUGGUCGACUGUUGCGAUGCAGUGGGCACACGCCUGCCAGCACUUGAUUGCCAUGCUCGACGCGGUCGAUGCCGGGGACAAGAAGAGGGCAGACGGCGAGUUCAACGCCGCUCAGGCCUGGGUUAAGAAGACGAAGGCUAAGACUGUCAAUGACCGUAAUGACGACGGCCAGGAUCUUCCUGACUCGAUCACCCCUCAUACCGCCGAGGAAGCAUUUACUACGUUCCUCGCUAAUGCCACGACUAUUUAUAAAAGUCAGUAG